AUGGCAGUCAUGGAAGCUCCGCUGCCACAAGGCGCAGGUUAUGCAGUUGUUGUAGGAUUGGGUUUUGUCUUCGCUUUUGCAAUGAUUUUGACCACAUAUGUGCUAAGACGUUAUCAAAAGGAAAUUAUCACUGCUGAAGAGUUCGCUACUGCCGGUAGAUCAGUUAAGACUGGUUUAAUUGCUGCCGCUGUUGUCAGUUCAUGGACCUGGGCAGCCACUUUGUUGCAAUCUACAACCAUGGUUUAUAAAGUCGGUAUCUCUGGUGGCUAUUUCUAUGCUGCAGGCGCAGGGUACCAAGUCAUCUUAUUCAGUGCAUUGGCAAUUAAAUGUAAGCAAAGGGCGCCAAAUGCACACACUUAUUUGGAAAUUAUCAAGGCCAGAUACGGGACCAUUGGGCAUUUUUGUUACAUGUUUUAUGCUUUAGCGACUAACGUUUUGGUCACUGCGAUGCUUUUGACCGGUGGUUCUGCAGUUGUGUCAGAUUUAACGGGGAUGCACACUGUCGCCGCAUGUUUCUUAUUGCCAGUUGGUGUCGUAUUGUAUACGAUCUUCGGUGGUAUAAAAGCUACGUUCUUGACCGAUUAUGUUCAUACGAUCGUUAUCAUUGUAAUUAUCAUGAUUUUCGCAUUCACAGUUUACGCCACGAAUAGCCAACUUGGGUCUCCGAAGGCAGUGUACGAUCUAGUUAGAGAAGCAGCCAAAGCACAUCCAAUCGAGGGUAAUGCUGGUGGUGAGUAUUUGACAAUGAGAUCUCGUUCUGGUGGUAUCUUCUUUGUUAUAAACAUUGUCGGUAACUUCGGUACCGUUUUCUUGGAUGCUGGUUACUGGAAUAAAGCUAUUUCUUCAUCCCCGGCAGCAGCUUUACCAGGUUACGUUCUUGGUGGGCUAUCCUGGAUCGCUAUUCCAAAUUUAAUUUCCCUUGCUAUGGGUUUGGCCUGUGUGGCAUUGGAAUCUUCUCCAAACUUCCCAACUUAUCCAGAAAGGCUAACUGCAGAGCAAGUUAGUGCUGGUCUUGUGCUGCCAACUGCGGCUGUUACAUUAUUGGGUAAAGGUGGUGCUGUCGCUUCGUUGUUAUUGGUUUUCAUGGCUGUUACAAGUGCCAUGUCAGCUGAAUUGAUUGCCGUCUCAUCUAUCUUCACUUACGAUAUUUACAGAUCUUAUUUGAAACCAAAGGCCACAGGUAAACAAUUAAUAUUCUCCUCUCACAUCAGUUGUAUCGUAUUUGGUUUAAUUAUGAGUGGUUUCGCUACCGGUUUGUAUUACGCAGGAAUCAGUAUGGGUUAUCUUUACGAGUUAAUGGGUAUCAUUAUUUCAUCUGCAGUGAUCCCUUGUGCGCUAUCAUUGUUUUGGGAUGCCCAAAACUUAGUAGCAGUGGUAGCAUCGCCAAUUAUCGGAACAAGUCUUGCAAUUAUGUCCUGGUUAGUAUGCACCAAAUCCUUAUACGGUGAAAUCACCGUCAGUACCACUUUUGAAGAUGAUCCAAUGCUAACUGGUAACAUUGUUGCUCUAUUAUCACCAUUGAUUACGAUACCAUUGUUGACUUACAUCUUCAAACCACAAAAUUUCGACUGGGAGAUCCUUAAGACCAUUACCAGAGCUGAUGAAGAAGAAGAGUUACUUGAAGCCGAGGGAAACGAAGUCUCUGUCUCUGAUUCUGACAGUGUUGGUAACAAUCAAGAUGCCGAGAAAUUGCAAGCUGUGAAAACCGUGAUAACAACUGUAGACGAAAUCCCAAGAGAAACCAUUGAAAGAAUGGCUGAAGAAGAGAGUCAGUAUCUAAGCAGAGCUAGUAAGAUUGCUGGAUAUUUGGCCAUCUUUUUCGCUAUUUCAUUUAUGGUCCUAUGGCCAAUGCCAAUGUAUGGUACCGGAUACAUCUUCUCUGAAAAGUUCUUUACCGGUUGGGUCUGUGUCCUAAUCAUUUGGAUCUUCUUCACUGCAUUCUGUGUGUGCUGUUACCCACUAUGGGAAGGAAGACACGGCAUAUAUACCACGGUAAGAGGUAUAUACUGGGAUCUAUCGGGUCAAACCUACAAAUUAAGGGAAUGGCAAGAUGCUAACCCACGGGAAAUGAAAGCUGUGCAAUCUCAAAUCAUAGCAAAGAUCGAAUCAAUCAGAUCGGAAACUAACAAAAGUAAAGUGAGGCAAAACUUGGACGAUGUUAUCGAACGUUGA